AUGGCAGCGGUAAUUCUCACUUCUUCCAAACUCUCUAUCUCGAACCCGUUCCAGAUGAUAUCUCACAAGCGCCCUGAUGCUGGCCCAUUGCCGUCUAUGGCGGCUUCAUCGUCUCGGCUUCAUCCGCCGGCUCAGCAGGCGGAUGCUCCGCCGAAGACCUUCAAGCGCCUGCGGUCCUCGUUGGAACAGAGCUUGCGAACGGCAACAAGAUCCAAGUCGAAAUUGAGCAUCCCGGUGGACGAGUCGGGGAUGAUUUCGCAUAGUAAUGGCAAGGGCAAACAGAGGGCGUCGGAGGAGCAUGCCACUCAGGACAAGUCUAAAUCGAGGAUGCUAUCUAAGGUUUCAUUUCGCCGGCUGCCCACCGCGAAGGACUCCAGCUCUUCGGCCGCUGUUCCACCUGCUACGGCCUGUGAACGUCGAGACGGCGAACCCAUACGCGCAGGAAGAGCAAACAAGGAGAACGGCCGUGUGGCAGGGAACACUAGCUUCUUGACCCCGUCUCUUCGACAAGCGUCUAUGUCUUCACCAGCUUUGCCCAUUCCCUCAGUGUUUACCCAGCCCUUUGCACUGCCCUCCAGCUCGACGUCGAAUGUGGCUUCGCUCGCGUCGCCAUCAAGGGGCCGCUCAGGCAAAGCGGAAUCGCAGUCCGGUGUGAGUAUCAAAGACAUCAGUGGCCCCACUCCUCUCGUACCAAGACGCGAUUCCCGUCACAGUAGCGUAGCAGCCCCGACCGCCUCGUCUAGGGAGAAGACAAGGCCGCCUCCGUUGGUGCUGUCUCGUAGUCCAGAGCGUCAUACUGGCUCUCCCGUUCCGUUGUCGCCAUCGAGGCGAAUUCGUGAUGGAGCACGGUCUCCCAGUUCUCAAAGGUCUCCAAGUCCUCGAGAUGUAGCUAUUGGUUCAUCGAGGGGCGCAGCUGCUAGUGCCAGUCACUUACCUUUCAACCGAUCGCACAGUCCUCCAUCGGCACCCGCACGUCGCGCUACUAGUCCGAAUGACGUACGCUCAUCAUCUCGCACCACGCACCGUAUAGGACCGUCUGCAUCCUCUUCCCAUCUUCCACUAACGCCAUCCACUCCAACGAUACUCGCUCGUCGUCCUUCAAUAGAUGCAGGGCUACCGACAGACCCACCCCGGCCAUCUGCCGAUGGAUUUAGGCCGUCGGUCGAUGGUAGGAGACCCUCUGUAGACAUCCAUCGGCCUUCACUCGAUGCGCGAAGACCCUCGAUUGACACACGAAGGCCUUCCAUCGACGUGCGGAGGCCUUCUUUAGACCACCAGCGACCCGCUGCUCUAUCAUCCUCGCCGCCAAGAGCGAUCUCCCCCAUCUCUCCCACUCGGCCGCGUGCAGUAUCCCCACAGCACAACUAUUCUCCUAGUUACUCUCAAACUCGCUUCUUCAAUGCGUCCACCACAUCUCUGUCCUCACCUCCCAACCUUGAACAUCGAGAGCUCAUACGCUCCGCGGCAUCAUUCUUAUGCAAAGAGAUGCUGAAGCCCCCAUCACAGGUUAACAAGUCCGCGCUUCAGCCGAGAGAAUGGGAGGAGGUCGAGGUCAGGUUGCGCGGGUUGGCGAGGCUAGAACGGGUGUGGGGAAAGAGUGGAGUCGUCGGUAUGGGCAGCUCCAGCCAGCUGGGUACUAUUGGCGCGGCAAGCUCAAACGGAGUUAGUGCUGGAGGGGAGGAGAGGGAGAGGAGGCUCUUCGGUGAGGCGUUGAGGGACGGCUAUGUUCUUUGCCAGCUUAUGAACAAGCUUUAUCCGGGUAUGGUCUCACGCAUUGACCCUCGAGAGGAUGGCUUCAUGCGCACAUCAAACGUUACGAAGUUCCUCGCCGCUUGCUCGUCCGUGGGUGUCCAUUCGGACGACCUCUUCCUACGCGAUGACCUUAUUGAGUCGAACGUCGAGUCACUUGUGCGCGUCGCUCGGACUGUUCUCGCUUUGCAGAAGCUGGUAGAGUCUCCGGCUCCUGAGCGAUCAAGGUACCUCCACGGCGCCGGUAACAAUCGAGGCUCCCAGUCGCCUGGUCCGUACAGCUCGGGCACCAGUUCCCGUGGCGCCGCGUCAUCGCCCAAUCUGUCGACGGCGCAGCGGCCCACAUCGCCUACAGCGCCUCAACUUCCCACAGGCCGGAAGCGACGAAGUCCCACGCAGCCUCUGCCCGCGGUGCGCUCUGGCAGCGCUAUAGAUCAUGGGUCAAGCAGCUCGGGCGAUGACAAGACGGCUAGCUAUGCUCGUGGAACGAAUGGCGAAGAGAAUGCUGGUGAGAGCGAGGGGGACGUCGAUGACGUUCCUCCGAUUCUGUCGCCGCCGCCAAGAUCUCCUCUGCGUCAGAGGGCGAGCGUAGAGAGAACAUCUGUCACAGAUUCAACUCACGCCUCCGUGGGCGAUUCAGUGCGCGGCUCGAUGGCUGACUCGGUCGUGGGCUCUCCAGUCCGACAGUCUCAGGCAUCCAGUUACCUGACGGAGUCGACGGCGUUUUCUAGUCUGUUGGAGAUGCAGCGAAGUGCGAGCGGUAAUCACAACAAGUUUGGUACGAUCCGCACGAUGACCACGGAGGCGACGUCCAUCGAGCCCGGCGAAAUGCCCUCAUUCACGUUCACCGAGGGCAGCUUUAUGGCUGCCUCUCUUCUUGAGGAGUAUGGGCGGAAGCGCAGUAGCGACUACCCGACUCGACCUUCUCGCGAGAGGCGACCUAGUGAAACCAUGCCGGUGGAUUUGAACCGCGUAGUGGAGGAAGCUGAGGAAAGCUCUGCAAGUUCGAAGGGCGGAAGGACAAGCGGAGUAACGAUUGACGAGCAUUUAGAGCAAGAGCGAGAGGGGCAGCAGAAGGCGAUUCCGAUCAAGCUAGGGAAGGGGAAGUGGCCCGAUGAUUUCCUGGACGCCUUUAGUGAUACUCGACUGCCCUCUCCCAGCCCGGACGAGCCCAGUACGCCGAGUUUCUAUCAACCGUUGUCGUCAUCUGCGCCUCGCAAGUUGGCCGUGAUUGGAGCGACCCGCUCAGACGCUAGCGUUGAAUCCUUGUCUCAGUUCCCUAGGCGUCCGACUCAUCGUGCGCGACACAGCGUUGACACGGCUGGGCUCCUACCGAAAGAUCCAUUGCUACGCCGCGAUUCUAGCCCUGAUAACAUAUCGGGACAGUCACCAUCUCCUAGGAUCAUUUUGAGACGCAACAGCUCGAGGAAUGGGCCACACCGGAACGGAAUAUAUAUACCCCGAGGUGAUUCAUGUUCGCGCGACAGUGACGCUCGUGUACCGUUCCCAAGAACAGUCUCAGCAGAGCAUACUGCACCUCCAUCUCCUUUGGACCGUGCUGGUGUCCAGAGUCCAGAAGCGGCGGACGAUGCUCCAAAGAGUAAAGUAAAUAGCUCUAAUGACAGACCUCGUCAACCUCGCGGCCGCUUCCAGAGUGAGAUUGAUGGCUCGAGCUCGCGCAGAAAGCCUCGUCCGAACUCUUAUGAUGAGAUGGGUGCAAAGCCAAGGAGGUCAAGGUAUGAGAGCAUGGUCAACCUGGGCGUUGUGACGAGCAAUGCGAGCGCCAGUGAUCUCCUAUCCAACCCGACCCUCCAAGAUGGAAGUGCCGUCCGACAAACGCUGAUAGUGAAAGAGGAUGGCAAGCCGUCCACCCAAUUCCAACUCGGUAAUUGCAUCGGGCGUGGCCAGUUCGGCGCCGUGUACCGGGCAUUGAAUCUGAACACCGGGCAAAUGGUAGCUGUGAAGAGGAUACGUCUCGAAGGGUUGAAAGAGGAAGAGAUUGCCCAGCUGAUGAAGGAGGUUGACCUCGUGAAGAGUUUAUCUCACCCAAGCAUCGUCAAGUAUGAAGGCAUGGCCAGAGACAGCGACACUCUGAGUAUCGUCCUCGAAUAUGCGGAGAAUGGCUCUCUUGGCCAAACCUUGAAAGCCUUUGGCAAACUCAAUGAACGGCUGGUUGCUGGCUACGUAAUUAAGAUCCUUGAAGGAUUGCAUUAUCUCCAUCAGAGCGACGUCGUGCAUUGCGAUCUGAAGGCAGCCAAUAUUCUGACGACGAAGAAUGGAAACGUGAAACUUUCCGACUUUGGUGUUUCACUCAACCUACGCGCUAUGGAACGUGAGAUGAAGGACGUGGCUGGCACUCCGAAUUGGAUGGCACCUGAGGUGAUAGAACUCAAGGGCGCUUCGACGAAAUCCGAUAUUUGGUCAUUAGCUUGCACUAUUAUAGAGCUGCUGACGGGUCGACCUCCGUAUGCGGAAAUCGACAAUAGCAUGUCUGUCAUGUUUCGCAUCGUGGAGGACGACAUGCCGCCCGUUCCUGAUGGCUGUUCCGAGAGCCUUAAGGACUUUUUGAAGCAAUGCUUCAACAAAGACCCUGCCAAGCGACCAAGUGCAGAGGAUCUGUGUGAGCAUGAGUGGCUGAAGCAAAAUUGGGCGCUUCAUACCAAGGACUUGCGACCUCAAGACAGCAUUCCUUUUCUGCGUCGUGUCAGCGCUGAUUACCAGCAAAGGCCAGACAUACUGCGCUAUCUCGCUAACGGGGAGAUGCCCGAGGCCGACAGGGCCACGCCUGAACAGCGUCCUCACUUGGACCACUCACCCUCUGGGAGGCGUUUGUCCAAUGACCUCGAAGGCAUAUCGCCCCGUGAACAUUCCUUCGUGAGGACGACAUUCGGGAAACCUGUAAUCUGUCGAGUAUGCAAUCAGAGUGUCAAGAAGAGCGCCGUGCUAUGCGAACAGUGCAGUCUUAUAUGUCAUGUCAAGUGUUCGCCCAACGCGCCACCCACAUGUGACUUGCGCGCUCAGCUGUUGCUGUAUGCUCAAUAUGCUGAGAGUGGCAGUCCGACCGGUCAAUAUAGCAACCCGAUGGAACUGUUGGAAGCAUUGCAAGCCAGUGCACCGGUCAGCCUCAUCUCUGAUCACGAUUUUACUCCUAGGACAAGCCUGGAUUCGGCGUCACAGCAGCCUCCAUCUUUCAGUGGACAUCCUCAUCCUCCAAGUGCCUACAAAGUCCUUCAGGCAUUCAAGCGCUCGAAAUCAUUCUUGACGGACCAUCACGAUCGCUCUUCCCCCGUACCUUCGUCAUCAACGCCAUCUCCAGUGCCCCAAGCCGUCUCGAACAAGGACAAUAACCCUCAACCAGGUCAGAAACGGUCUAUUCUGAAGCGAAAGUCCGAUAUCAAGGAACGACCUCGUUCUAUUUCCAGCAACAGCACAGGAUUGAAAUCAUCGAGCAUGCGGAGUGCUGUCACUGCGACGGAGAGCAUGUCCAGUGCCACUCGUCGUUCUGUUCAAUCACCUGCUGCCGAUGCGGAUGCAGAUAACGACAAGAGCGAUUCCAAAAUAUCCCAUUUGACUUCAUAUUCUAUCGUGUCUUCCGCAGGCACGGGACGCAUAGCAACCCGAAGCCCGGGCAUUCCAGGAGAUCUGCCCAAAAGCAACGGACGAGACAAGUACCGAGACUCGAAAUCGAGUAACGGUGGCUGCUCUGUGCAGUAG